AUGGCGUUCACCGGCCUGGGGAAGGUGCCAGGCUGUAGCCUAGGAAUGUGGGUGAUCCGGGUGCCCACACCCUGGGAGGAGAGUCUAAGGAACCCACGCCUACGGAUAGCAGGGUGUUCCAGGGUGGUCACCCGAUUUUCCCAGAGUAGCAGGCCAAUACCUCAGCCUUAUGGAGAUACCUUCUGGGAGAAUCUUAGCCAAAGGUCUAGCUCCAACUGGAUGGAAGAACAGCACAUUCCACCAGCACUGAGGACCACUGGUUGCUCCCAGCCUGGCCUGCACCCUGUUGAGGGGCUCCCCCCUCCUGAAAAGCUCUGGAGAAGAAAGAGAAAGAAGCUGCAUUUGGAAAGAAUGCAAAGGGGGAACAUUCCAGCCCGUGUUAGAGCUGUCACUUAUCACCUGGAGGACCUGAGGAGACAGAGAAUCAUCAAUGAACUGAAGAAGGCCCAAUGGGGUAGCUCUGAGUCUACAUCUGAGCUCCCAGUACUUGAAGAUGGCUGUGGAUUCCUCGGCACCACUGAAUACCUUGACGAGGAAGAAGAGAGGGCAACCUAUGCACAGGAAGAGAAUUACUUUGUCACUCCCAGAGAUCAGCUGCUUUGGUCUCCCUGGACUCCCUUAGGCCAGGAGGGGCAUUAUGCCUCUGGGCAGCUAAGCUGUCUGGCCCACAACACUGUUACAGCCAGGAGGAACCCCACUUACAAUCCUCAGAGGAUGGAGCUGGAGUCUGAGGAGUAGAGAGAAGAUCAUCCAUGCCCAAGUUUGGAGGCCCAAGACGAAUUCAAACGCGAGAGACUUUCCUCGUUGGUGGCAUCAAGGCGGUUGUUUCCCUCUCCUAACCCUAACUUGUUCACAGCCCACUUGAGUUCCUAUCCAACAGCCCCAUUCCCUCACAGCUGGACCCUGGUCUUGUGUUCUCUCUGUUCUGUUAUUAAAGAACCCCAGAGUAGUUUUGCUUCUGCCCGUGGCAGUGAUGGAGAGGAAACAAAAUGGAAAAAGGAGGACUCCUUUGAUUUUUCUUGAGAACCCAGUUACUGUGAAAUCAAGCUAGGUUCCC